AUGGAGUUCUGCCGUCACACAGCUCAACAGUUUCCCCUUGUUCUCAAGAACUUCUUAUCGCCCCUCCCUCGCUCCUGGUGUCUUGCUCAUCUCUUCGCCACCUUACCUCUGCUGAAUGCAAGCCUUUUGCCCAGCGCAUGCUGGGACAGAUGGCAGCGCACAGGGGGGAGGGGGGCGACGGUGCAGAGGCUGUUGAUUGAUGCUGGAAGAGGGGAUGCUUAUAACGGGGAUGCGUUCAGAGAGUCGGAGAUGACCGGUGGGGAUGCGUUGGAGGCGAUGGCUCGUCCACCCAGCAGUACCUUGCCCCUUUGUUUCACACUGCUCCCCGGCCCUUUCCCACCUCCAUCAUCCAUCGCCUAUCCUCAUCCCUUCCCCCCAUUUCCUUCCUCCAUCCCCUCCCGUCAUCCCCUUCCCCCAUUCCCUCCGCCAUCUCAAUGCCCCGGCCCCUUUCUCCAUCCCUUCCUCUCAUCCCUCGCCCCAACCCCUCCCUCGGCCCAACCCCUCCCCCCAUCCCUCGCCCCAUUCCCCCCCUCAUCCCUCGCCCCAUUCCCCCCCUCAUCCCUCGCCCCAUUCCCCCCCUCAUCCCUCGCCCUCAUCCCCCCCCCAUCCCUUCCUUUGGCCCCUCCCCUCAGACUGGGCCUGGGCGCUCGCUUUGUCUCGCACAGCCAAGCCAUGGGCGCUGGGGGCACUGGGGAGGAGGAAGGGGAGGGGGAGGGGGAAGAGGAGGGGGAGGCAGGGGGGGAGGAGGGGGAGGGGGAGGGUGGGGGGAGGGAGUGGCACAGGGGGGUUAGGGGGAGAAGGGAGGAGGAGAUAGUGGGAGGAGUGGGAGAUGGGGAUGGGAGUGACGAUGGCGGGGAGGAGAGCCGGGCAGGGCGGUUUGGGAGGAGGGGCAGCACAGGCAGUAGUGUGGAGGCAGCUGUUGGGAAGAAGCGUAAGAGCAAAGGGUAG